ACCGUCAUAACCUCUCCCUUUUCCAUACAAAUUUUGCUCGGUGUACACGUGUGUGACAAUGGCACCAACAGAAACCGUGAAAAAGUCCGUGAAGAAGGACGCAAAGAAGUCCAAUCGCCUGAAGAACUACGACCUGGGAUGUGGCAUCAUGCGUUACUCGCACUCGCGCAACUUCAAGCGCAAGGCGUUGUACCGAUUCAAGGGUACAAAAACAAGGAAGGCGACCAAGCCGAAAGUCGCCAUUACGGUGACCAAGAAGAUCGGCGGAGCCAACAACGGCGGUGAGCGUGUGGUGAAGCUGCAGAAGCCGAAGGCGUACUACCCGACGAAGCCGCGCAUCCAGAAGCGCCCCGCCCGCCGCCUGUUCAAGAACCACCAGCGCAAGACACGCAAGUCCAUGGUUCCCGGACGCGUGCUCAUCCUGCUGGCUGGUCGUCACCAGGCCAAGCGUGUGGUGCUGCUGAAGGUGCUGUCGUCGGGGCUCCUCCUCGUCACCGGACCCUACUUCCUCAACGGUUGCCCCAUGCGCCGCAUCUCGCAGAGGUACGUGAUCGCGACCAAGACGGUGGUGGAUCUGGGCAAGUUCAAGCUGCCGGAGCACGUGAACGACAAGUACUUCAAGCGUGCCGCCAAGAAGAAGAGCCGCCGCACCGAGGGUGACAUUUUCGCGCAGAAGAAGGAGCAGUACGUGCCGUCGGAGCAGCGCAAGGAGGACCAGAAGGCCGUGGACACGGCCGUGAAGCAGGCGCUGCGCAAGAGGAAGGACAGGAACCUCAUCUGCCAGUACCUCAAGGCCCUCUUCCGCCUCAAGUCCUCGCAGUAUCCUCAUCGCAUGAAGUUCUAAGAUUGACGCGCAUUUCGUGGAUGUGGAGGAAAUAAAGAGAGGAAGACAAAUAA